AUGGAGAAGGACUUGCGUUUGCGCCUCGUCGUGCGACGCCACGGCGUGCCCGACGUCAAGCUUCUCUGGAACGCAACCACCGACGACGAUCUGACCAUCUCGAAGCUCCUGACCCAGAUCAACGAAGUCGUUCCCUUGGAGAGCGGCGAAUGGGGCCUGGAAGACUACGCCGUGGAGCUUAAGGAUGCCUCCGGCGACGGCUUCGAAUGCGUCCACUACCACCUUGUGUCCAAGGUGCUCAAGGAUGAUGACCAAGUCCUUGUUCGACCUCUCCUGACUGGCGAUCUCAAGCGACGACGACUGAGCGGCAGACACCAAAUAUCGGCUGAUGGAAGGCAUCUCGUCGACGGCCUUGCCUUCGGACGGUCCUGGUUGCGAGCCCCUCGAGACCGCCCUGCAGUCACUCUCCCGCCGAGGAAGAAGGCCCGAAUCGCUUAUAGCAGUGAAGACGAAGAAGACUCCCUGCCUGAAAAUGACGAGGAGCUUCCAAUGCUGGAGUACGGGUCCACGAGGGCCGAGGGGGACCCGGCGAGCGUUAAGUUGCGCACACGUUUCUACGACGCGGACUCGGAUAGCAACUCUGAAGACGAAGACGACUUCGAGCCUGCCCCGGAUGGAGCCGAGGAUGACGACAUGGAUUCGGAGGACGGGAACAUCCAAGACGAGCUGCGUCUGCUCAGGGAAGACAACGCCGCUGUCCGAGAAGGCGACAUCCUCGAAGAGCUGCGCGAAAUCCGAGAUAGGAGAGCGUCGAACGGGCCAAGCAGCAGUCGUCGUUCGUUAGAGGCUUCUAGCGACUCUCCCGCACCAUCGGCAAGCAACGCACUUGUUAGACCCGGAGGACGAGCCUCCAGACACCGCCUCAACCUGGACACCCUUGAUAAGAUAGCUGCUUUGAGAGCGGCGUUCCCGGGUGCACAAGUAUCCACCAUUGAGGAGACUCUGUUACGGACGGGAACUCGUUCUCAGGGAGUCAAGUUCAUCCGAGAGGGCUUCCCGUGCCACCGCGCAUGA